UUUUGUAAUUAGUUUUGGAAGAGUGCUAGUUUUGUAAUUUUUUUUUUUAAAGGUGCUAUUUCUGGAAAAAACUCAUCCAUAGCAGGUAGUCAGGUACCCACUGGUCACUGUUCUUUGGAAGCUCAUCACUUAACAAUGGCGGAGAUUGCAGAGUCCCCGAGCACCACAGAACACCCGCUGGGGACUGUCGGAGCUUCUCGAAGCAAAGCAUCUUCAAGUGCACUAAGAGAAUCAGAUGUCGACCCGAAAACCAUGCGUACCACGACACCCGGACUGAAGCGGCUCUUCCUCACCUUCUCGGUCCUUCUCUCCUUCCUUCUAGGUUUCCCGUUCUUAUGGAAAACCGUCGAAAUCUACCGAUCGCCGCUUCCGUUCGGCGAUAUGGACGCGCUGUCGAAGCAAAUCGAAUCGAGCCCUUUGCAGUUUCCUUGCCAUUUCCAGUCAGUAUUCCUCAACUUCGACUCGCGUUCUAGCGGCGGCAUUCUGGAUCCGCGAGAGCUUCGAAGUUCGAUCCUCUCCGAGAUGACGAAAUUGACCUCCCAAACUCUAGAGCGUCAAUGUGGCUCCUGCGGUGAAAAUUUCACACUCUCUGUAGUAGUAGAUUCUGGUGAUCGUGCUUGCAGACAAUCCGACGAGCGACAUGGUAACGGUUUGACACCGAAUUGCUCGUACAAAUGUGGUGCGUUAGGGGCUCUGAACUUAGGCGAUGGUGAGGCCGUUGAUGAAGCUUUGCGGUCUGCUUUGGAUGAGAGUUGCUCUGAUUAUGGCGGGAAACUGUAUACUGUGGUGGUGGUGAAUGGAGAUGGUGCUGGCGAGGGGCCAAAGGCAUUAGUGGGGAAGCACCGUCAUGGGUGGAUCUCGGGAAGGGAAUUGGACGCUGAGGCUAUGAUAGGGAGAAUGGCUGAGAUGUUCGUGAAGAUCUUUAUGAAUGGAGGGAGAGAGGAUGGAGCAAUUCAUGGAGAGUUCAUGCCAGUGGGUGCUGAUGGGAGAGUUGUUCUGUCAUUCAGUUUGCUCAACGCCAAUCCGGAUGAUUGGUUUUAUGAUUGGGACUUCCAGAAAUUAGAUGACACUCUUUUAAACCCUGUUAUUGAAGCAUUAAAACCUAUAGCGAACAUAAGUGUUGAAAGCCAAGUAUUAUACCAUACCCCAAAGUCUUCGUUUUCAUACUGGGAUGAGAGUUUAGGCAGCUACAUCUUCAGCACCAAAGAUCUUCCUUUCUUUGUGAACUCAAAUGAGUGGCAUUUAGAUACAUCUGUUGCAGCUGGUGGGCGCACGAAGAUAUUGCAGUUUGUGGUAUAUGUACCGUCUGCAAACGAAUGCCCUCUUUCCCUACAGCUUCCAAGUGGAGAGAUUUCUAAAACAAACGGCUUUAUAUCUCCAAUGUGGGGAGGUGUCAUGGUUUGGAAUCCCCAGAGCUGCAUAAAAUAUUCAGGAAGCGGGCCUCCUGCUAGACUCUUAAUGCAUCCUGAUGAUCUUCACAGGAUAUUUGAAGUUCUCAUGGGGCAACUGCGACAACUAUUUGGUCUAAAAUCUGAUAGCAUUUACGUUGGUGCAGCAGGUGCUUACAAGCUGUUACCUAGUGAGAAAGGCUUCACAGAAUGGCAAGAACACAAGGUGACCUACUGCCUAUUGUUGUUUUGCAGGGAGUUGGAUGUCUUGUCACGACAGCACACAUGCUUUAAUCUUCAUUCGAGUGGAACAACUCUUGGAUCUCUUUCCAGACUGGUUCAAUCACUACCAAGGAUGAUCAUAAAGGACGAGAUAGGAAAGCAGGUGAAGUUUUCGCUUGAAGCAGCUCAAUUAGCCCAAACGAAUGCCUCUGUUGGACUUUAUGAGGCAUCAGCUGCAUCCUCGAGGCAAGCCAGGUCAUUGGCAGAAGAUGCCUUCUUCCACCCCUCUAUUAUGUCAGUCAGCUACUUCUCCUUCGAGCACUGUUUUGCUGUCUACUCGCCAUUCUUCCUGCCAGUGUCAUUGCAUGUGCUCCUUGCGGCACUUAGAGAAUGGAGAAGAUACAAGCAAGAAAAGGCCAAGUAUGUGCGGUGGAAGGUUAAACAAGUAAAGGCAGCAUAGAGCAGUGCUGCUGAUCUUACAGAAAUCCUUUCGCACCUCCUAGUUAUCUCCCUUCCGGCUCUUGUUUUUCACCCCUUAUCGUGACCGAGUACCAAGAAGUGUGCUCAAUGGAAGGGAAGGAAGGUCUACAGCGGUGGAAUUGUUAGGCGGCUACUACCGGUUUCUUGCUGUUUGGAGCAAACGUCAAGUUCUUCACAGUUGGAUUGUAUAUUUGCAUCUUACUAGAAUUUUUAAUUAGUGAUAACAAUUAGUAUAUGAUUAAUAUCUAAAUGAUUUUCCAUACACGGGUGUUAUGAUGGUCAUUUUGGGCAUAGUUGUGUUCAUAAUCACUACAUUCUAGUCUAGGAUAUGAUCUUCGUCAUAUUUUUAGGUCUUGACAAAGAAUGAGGUGUUUUGGACACAGUUGGAGUCUUUGGAGGUGCAAGUGUAGAGAGCAAAGGGAUAUCUGCUCGAGAUCACGACCAGAACUUCAGAAUAAUCUGUGUUUUAAGGAUCACGGCCAGAGAAGGGAGGUCACCGAUUACACUUGUCAUUAUCUAUCUAUUUGUGGUCGUGAUCUCCAGUUUUCACAAGCGGUAAAAGUUGGCAUUUCACAGCUCCAAGGUGACUCGGUUCUGGAGGCCCGUAAUCUUGUCCUUCCGAUCCCUAGGGUUUGUAUAAGGAGAAGAGGUCAUUCUUGAAGACGGAUGAAUCCCAGAGAGAAACAGAGUGUGGUGAAGAUGUGGAGACUCAGUUUUGGAGGGGUUUAGUGAUGGAUCUUCUUCAAUCCAACCACAAAUUCAUCUAAGAUUUAACUUUGUACAUCUUUCUCUCUCUAUAUAUGUUCUACCUUCU